AACAUUUCGAAGUCUUGUCACGACUCACUGCCAACGAUGUUCUCAAACUGGCCUGAUAACCUGGGGCUACAAGUAUCAGUCCAGUUUCUAUAUCUCUUCCCAAAAACAUUACGAAUGAUAAGGAAACAAACUUCUUAACUCAGAAGUACGCUGAUAGCCAUUAAAUGCAGAAGACAGAGUUGCACAUGGACCUCAAUCACGUUUGCCGGCUGCGUCUUUGUUCGCUAUCUCGUCCUCGUUCUCGACCACCAUGUCCACGUCACCUCCAUCGGAAAACGUAGUGCCCAGUGCCUUCCACACUGAUGUGAAACGUGUUGUGGACAUCAAGUCAGACAACAAGUCUGACCAGGACGCGAACCAAAUUGCUAUAUCGUCCAUCAGCAAGAAUGAACCGCUCAUGACCAGAAGGGAGUUGUGGAGCUAUUACCUUUACUCAAACGGUGGCAAUGGUGUUGGUUUAAACUAUACAGGAACCCUGUUCCAGGGACUUGCCACAGCAGCGGGAUAUGAUCCAGUUGCAGGCCCUGGCUCAUCAUGCCUCGCAGAUACUGCUUCUGGCCAAUGUGUCGUUCCUUGGGGUAGCGGCACCAAGUCAGUCUCCAGCGUGGUGCUGACCACAAAUGGCAUUAGUUUUGCUAUCAUGACAGUCAUAUUAACAACUAUCGGUUCUGCUGCUGACUACGGCACGUUCGGACGGUGGUUGCUGUUCGCUGUCACAGUGGUGUGCUGGGCUGCACAGUAUGCUUGUAUGGCGCUUACCACGCCGAACCGAUGGAUCCUAGCGAUGGUUCUGUACAUCAUCGGUUUCGUCUCAUACAGUGUUACUCUAGUUUUCUAUGCCGCUGUAUUCCCUCGCCUCGCACGCAAUACCCCGCAUGCCCGCCAGUUGAGAGAGAAGUAUGAAAGUGGCGAGAUUCCUCUUGAAGUUUACGAGAAAGAGGAAUCGUUGGAGAAGAAUAGGAUUACCAACAUCUUUACUGUUCAUAGUAAUGUCGGAUUUAUAACCACGUUAUUGCUGAACUUGACGCUUUUGCUCCCGAUGAUGAACAACCCCAAGGUGGACAAUUAUGUCAUCGUAGUUGUCAACACGUAUUGGGUGGUAUUGGGUAUCUGGUGGUUUGUCUUCCAGGAACAUAGGCCAGGCCCCAAAUUGCCUAAAGGCGAACAUUACCUGACGGUUGGAUGGAAGCAGAUCUGGGCUGCGCUGAAGACAUACAAGUACCUUCCUUACACAUUCGUGUAUCUAUUCUCCUACUUCCUUCUUGCAGACGGGCUUAAUACUACCGGAACCCUCAUUGGUAUAUGUCAGAAUGACAAGUUUAGCUUCUCGUUCCUGCAAAAUACAUACUUGGGCUUGUCUCAGGCGAUUACUUCGACAAUCGGCACUCUCGCCUUCUGGUACAUCCAGAAAUAUUGGAAGAUUAACACAAAGAAGAUGUUUGUGGUCACGAACGUUGUCACGAUUUUAAUGCCGCUGUGGGGUAUGAUUGGAAUAUGGACAGAAAAACUUGGGUUCCACAACGUCUGGGAGUUCUGGUUUGUGAAGAUUCUGCAUUUUUCUUGUUGUGUUUUUUAUAUUCUCAUCAGGGCGUACAAUGUGUUGUUUGGCCUCUUCCAGGCGCCCUAUUACGUGUACUCUCUCACAAUGAUGGCUGAGCUCAGUCCACCCGGUUUUGACAACAUGGCGCGUAUCUCGCACAUAGUUCCUGUCCCAUUCGCUUACAUUGAUUGACUAGUUCUUCGGUCUUUUCGGUCUGUCGAACCGCGUUUCUUCCAUGGUAGGGCCAAACGUCAUCCAGGUCAUCAUCGACAAGACGGGGAAUAACUGGCAGGGAUUCCCGUUUCUCUUUGCGAUGUGCACGGCUGCCUCGCUGGUAAUUUGGUUUGGAGUUGAUGUCACGAAGGGACGUAGGGAUGCCGUGAGGUGGGCAGCUGAGCAGCGCAGCCAUACACACUAGAAGUAUCGUUAUACCUGUGUUCUUUGGGGUGACCUGGAGCAUUCCUGAUGUAUGCCACCUAUGUUAGCAAGUUUUCAGUCCACGAUAUUUCGACAAUGACAAUAUCUUAUCAACAUC